AUGCAGCAAACAUUUACAUUGUUACAAACUCGACAGAACACAAGGAUAUUCUUCAAAGAUCCAAUGUUGUACUAUUUUAGAAUGGUGCUAUUCGUGUUGUUUUGGCUGGUGUGGAUUGCACUAUUUGUAAUUUCAAUUCUACUCGUCGUGCUCAGCCCUGGUUGUGUUGUUCGAUCGAAACCGAAUUGGUGGCAAACUGCUAUUGCUUACAAUGUCUGGGUUCCAUCAUUCCAAGAUUCCGAUGGAGAUGGAUACGGUGACAUGCAAGGACUUCUCAAUCGUCUUGAAAACCUAAGGAAGAGCGGUGUACAGGUAGGGUUACUGCAAUUCUUUAAUGCUUCAAUGAUGAGUAAUCCUUACUUAUCCAUUUACUCCUCAUAGAC